GCGUCUCCUCCGCGGAGGAGACCUACUGGGGUUACGAUCAGGGAACCUGCUGACACUCAUCGAGCGGAGAGGCCCUUGGCUCCCAAGGGAAAAGGAAAGCAAAAAGCCGCCGAGCCUACCGAACUCUUGGACGACUCGUCGGAUGAUAACGAUAUGGACUCCGAGGAUGUGUUCGAGCAUUACAGGGCUGCUGCCGUCUCUUCUGGCCAAAAGAAGGACAACAAGAGGGCUCGAGGGGAGAGCAGCAAGACUGCCUCAAAGAAGGCACGAACUGACGAUCCUCCGGCUAUCGCCUCUUCGAAGGAGAACUCACCACCUCCAACACCCCCCGAGCAGCCGACCUCAACUUCCGCCGACCAGCAGACUUCUCCUAAGGCUCCUAGUAGCCAUACAUUGCGCGCUCCGCCCGAAGGCUCCCUGCCUAGCCUCGUGGUCAACUCUGCUAGGGAGAGAAUAUACAAGCUCUCUAAGCAUAGACGCAGCCAGGCAGCUAUUACCGACACCGCUUCUAUGGAGGCUGAUCAAGUUCUCAAUAGAGGGUUGAACGAGAUAGUUAGCGGACUGCUAACCAUAACCGCUGGCUGGCGCCAUGCUGGGGCGUUGGUGUCUCGGGGCAGGAACUUUGAUGCCAGACUUGCCAAGGCCAAGAAAUCACUCGAAGCUACAAACAACGAGCUUACCAUACAGAAUGGCGAGUUGCUUGCGAAGAAGACGGAGUUGUCCAAGCAGAAAGAUGAGCUGCUCGAGGACAAAGCUACUCUGACCAAGGAGCUGCUGGAAACCCGGGACGCCCUAAAGAAGGCCAACGAAUCUAGGGAAAAGUUCAGGGAAAGCGCCAAGCUCAACUAUCAACAAGCUGUACAACUCGAGCUUGAUCUGAUCGCCAGCAGGCAGGAGGCGGAGGAACUCAAAAAAUGAGUGCAGGAGCUUGAGGAGGCUGGAGCCAAGAACUUGGAGAAGUAUAAGGAAGCCACACAUCUUUGCUUCUACGAGUUCUGGAAGCACAACCGGGAGGCUAACUUCAGCUACCUAUCAAAGCGCUUGAGGAGGACUCUAAUGACGCAGUGCGCCAUUCGUCUGGAAGAAGAAGAGAAGGCUAAAGUGCCUGCUUCCCCAAAGAUUUCCCUGGCAGCAAGGAUAGAUGGUGCAGAUGCAGAAGCUGACCCAGCCGUUGACCAAGGCGCACCUCAAGACCCUCCAGCUCCUUAAUCUUUUUUUUCUUCUCUUUUUUUUAUCUCAACUUCACGACCCACAAGUCGUGUUGUAAAGAGAAUUUAAUUUUUCCUUGGUUUUGCUGCACGGGCAGCUUUUACUUUUACUUGAACAAUUACAUUCGAGCAGUACUGC